AUGAUCCUUACCCUUCCUGCACCUCCUCCUCCCCACUCCUUUCCUCUCCGCCUUCCUCUCCCACCCCACCUCCCUUGCUCCUCUUCCCCCUCUCCUCCCCCGUCUCCCUCCCUCGCACCCUUCAGGCCCACAGCGACGGCCAUCCAGCCGUUCUGUUCCGAGUUCUUUCCCCCACUCUCCCCUCUGUCUCCCAACCUCCCUUCAGGCACUCCUGCUCCUGCUGCUGCUCCUCCUCUUCCUGCUGCUGCGGGCAGUGCGGGCAGCCUACCCCCAGUGGCAGCGUCGGCACCGCGGCUGAGCGCACCGGACGACGGGUACCACUGGCACAAGUACGGACACAAGUGCCUCAUGGAGCGCGAAUACGCCAGGGCGUAUUUCCGGUGUGCAAAGUACACCAUCGGUUGCACGGCCAAAAAGACCAUCGACAUUCCUCUCGUGCGAGCAGCCAUUUCCGGGGGUCUGAGGAUAGUCUACUCGGGAAAGCACUGCCACCCCCCUGUGCGCAACAUCCCCUUCCCCCCCGUUGCCGCCAGUCCGGGCAAUACUGGUAAGAAGGUGAGGCUGCGUGCUUCUGAUGUGCAAAGGCAGGGGACUGGAGGGAAAACGAUCCGAAGGUUCAAGGUGGCUGCGGCAGGGAGACGUGAAGAGGGGGGAGGAAGAGAAGGCAGGAGAGGAGGGACGGGAAGAGAGGAGGGGGAGGGUAGGGAGAGGACGGAGAGCGAGGGGGUGGAUGGGCGAGAGGACGGGAUGAAGGGUGAGAGAGAUGAGGAGGGAGAGGGAGGAGAGGGGGGUAGAAUGGGUGGUGGGAGGAGUGAGAGGAGUGAGAGGAGUGGGAGGAGUGAGAGAAGCGGGAGGCGUGAGGGUAGUGGAGGGUGCGGGAGUGGUGGGGGAUGCGGGAGUGGUGAGCGUGGUGGGAGGAGGGAGAGUGCUGAUAUGGUUGAGAGUGAGGAAGAUGUCAGAGCUAUGCACAGGGGCGGAGGAGGCAUGGGCGAGGGCGGAGGGAUGGGGGAGGGCAGAGGCAUGGGGGAGUGCGGAGGCAUGGGGGAUGGCGGAGGCAUGGGGGAGUGCGGAGGCAUGGGGGAUGGCGGAGGCAUGGGGGAUGGCGGAGGCAUGGGGGAUGGCAGAGCUAUGCACAGGGGCCAAGUUAUGGGGGAGGGCGGAGCAAUGGGCGGGUAUUGGGCAACGGGGGAGGGUGGAGCUGCACACGUGGUGACAGAGAUGGAGGGAGGUAGAGAGGAAGUGAGAGGAAGUGGAGGGGAGGUGAAGGAAGAGGAGGGCAGUGAUGCUGGAGAUGUUGUGGGGCAGGAAGACAGCAGAAGAGGAGUGGGGCGAGGGAGUGAGGGGAGAGGGGUGGGGCGCAGGAGCGAUGGGAGGGGAGUGUUGCGCAGGAGUGAGGGGACGGGAGUGAGGCGGUGGAGUGAGGUGGAGGGAAGGCGAGGCGAGGUCCAGCCAGGUCCCGCAACAGACGAUGGUCCCUCCGCUGCGCCUAAAGCGGAGGCUGCGGCUCCGUCAUCCGCCUCCGCUGCAGCAACCGAUGCUGGCGCCGCCUCUGCUACCGCAGGCGACUCCGCACCUCCAGCAGCCGGCAAAUCCGCGUCCGGAGGAUCCAAAAAAGCCGGCAACUUGACGGCGAACGUGCUCGGCCGGCCGGCGGAGGACGUGAAAAACCACUUCACGAUCGGGCGCGAGCUCGGGCGAGGCCAGUUCGGCGUGACGUAUCUGUGCACGGACAAGAGCACGGGCGAGCAGUACGCGUGCAAGUCCAUCGCGAAGCGCAAGCUCGUCACCGCGGAGGACGUGGAGGACGUCAAACGCGAGGUCGCGAUCAUGCAUCACCUCGUCGACCACCCGAACGUGGUUAAAAUGAAGGGUGCUUAUGAAGACAAGCACUCGGUGCACAUCGUCAUGGAGCUUUGCGCGGGUGGCGAGCUCUUCGACCGGAUCAUCGCGCGCGGGCAUUACAGCGAGCGCGCCGCGGCGACGCUGAUCCGCACGGUGGUGUCGGUCGUGGAGUAUUGCCACGCCAAUGGCGUCAUGCAUCGCGAUCUCAAGCCCGAGAACUUCCUCCUCGCCAGCAAGAAGGAGGACGCGCCGCUCAAGGCCACUGACUUCGGUCUCUCCAUCUUCUACAAGCCAGGUGAGCUGGUCUUUCUUAAAUCAAGUGGUAGAAAAUGGGUGCUAGUCAAUGCGCAAGUCAACGCGCCGCUCAAGGCCACUGACUUCAGCCUCUCGAUCUCCUACAAACCAGGCGAAACGUUUUCCGACAUCGUGGGCAGCGCGUACUACGUGGCCCCCGAGGUGCUUCGACGAAAGUACGGGCCGGAGGCGGACGUGUGGAGUUGCGGCGUCAUCCUCUACAUCCUGCUCUGCGGCGUGCCGCCCUUCUGGGCCGAGUCGGAGCAGGGCAUAUUCGACGCGGUGCUGAAGGGGCACAUCGACUUCUCGUCCGACCCCUGGCCGCUCAUCUCGUCGUCCGCCAAGGACCUCAUCAAGCGCAUGCUCAAGCAGGACAUCAAAGACCGCAUGUCGGCGCGCGAAGUGCUGCAGCACCCGUGGGUGAAGGUGGACGGGGAGGCGUCAGACGUGCCUCUGGACUCGGCGGUGCUGACGAAGCUGAAGCAGUUCUCCGCCAUGAACAAGAUGAAGCGCCUUGCGCUCAAGGUCAUCGCGAGCCACAUGUCAGAGGAGGAGAUCAUGGGGUUGAAGGAGAUGUUCAAGAGCAUCGACGAGGACGGCAGCGGGUCGAUCACGUUUGAGGAGCUCAAGGAGGGGCUGAAGAAGAUGGGGUCUAACAUGCCCGAGGAGCAAGUGCGGCAGCUCAUGGAGGCGGCUGACGUGGACAACAGUGGGACGAUAGACUACCAGGAGUUCAUAACGGCCACCAUCCACAUGAACAAGGUGGAGAAGGAGGAGAACCUCUUCCAGGCCUUCCAACACUUUGACGCUGACGGCAGCGGGUACAUCACGGUGGACGAGCUGCGGGAGGCGCUGUCCAAGGAGGAGGCGCUGCUGCCAGGCGAGAUUGACGCGAUCCUGCAGGAGGUGGACUCGGAUAAUGAUGGCCGCAUUGACUAUAACGAGUUCUGUGCCAUGAUGAAGAAGGGCAACCCUACUCCCGUUGAAGACAACCGUCGGAAGCGCUAA